GGACGCGCCGCGCGGCUCCCCCGGCCGCGGCCCGCUCCCUGCCCUUCCCGCGGGCACAGCUGUGGGGCCGGCGGCGGCCGAGGCGCGGAGUGGCGGGACGAGGAGGAAGCAGUGCGGAGCCUAGUUUCGGGGCGGCGGGAGCCGGUGGGGGCCCGGCGAGGAGGGCUGGAGGUGGCGGGGCCCGGCGAGGCCACGAUGAAGCCGAACGGCGAGGACGAGGAGGCGCCCGCCGGGGGCCCCUGGGAGGAGUGCUUCGAGGCGGCCGUGCAGCUGGCGCUGCGGGCGGGACAGGAAGAAGAGGAUACUGGCUACUUGGGAUUAAAGUCUCUGCCAGGAGACCACCUCUCAAGAGCUAUGAUCAUCAGGAAAGCCCUUUCUGAGGAAAAACGCGUCUCAACAAAAACAUCAGCUGCAGACCUCGUGACAGAAACGGAUCACCUUGUGGAAGGUUUAAUUAUUUCCGAGCUGCAAAAGAGGUUUCCUUCGCACAGGUUCAUUGCUGAAGAGGCUGCAGCCGCCGGGGCCAAGUGUGUGCUCACCCCCAGCCCCACCUGGAUCGUCGACCCCAUUGAUGGCACCUGCAACUUUGUGCACAGAUUUCCCACCGUGGCAGUAAGCAUUGGAUUCGCUGUAAACCAAGAGCUGGAAUUUGGAGUGAUUUACCACUGCACAGAGGAGCGGCUGUACACAGGCCGGAGGGGCCGGGGCGCCUUCUGCAACGGCCAGCGACUCCGGGUCUCCGGGGAGACAGAUAUCUCCAAGGCCUUGGUUCUAACGGAAAUUGGCCCCAAACGUGACCCUGCCACUCUGAAAUUGUUCCUGAGCAACAUGGAGAGGUUACUCCACGCCAAAGCUCAUGGGGUCCGAGUUAUCGGGAGCUCCACCUUGGCACUCUGCCACCUGGCCUCGGGGGCUGCAGAUGCUUAUUACCAGUUUGGCCUGCACUGCUGGGACCUGGCUGCCGCCACCGUCAUCAUCAGAGAAGCAGGUGGCAUCGUGAUGGACACUUCAGGUGGACCUCUCGACCUCAUGUCUUGCAGAGUGGUGGCUGCAGGCACCCGAGAAAUGGCGACGCUCAUAGCUCAGGCCUUACAAACGAUUAACUAUGGGCGGGAUGAUGAGAAGUGAAAGGGAGCAGAGGGGCAGAGAAAUGUGACCCGAGGACUGGGCCCUCCUGCGAAUGCUGAGGCUGGCGGCGAGCCCUGGGACAAAGCUGCCUCCAGCAGCCUGCACACAUCAAGUGUCUCUGACCACCCCCAAGAGGAGGUGUUUUGCUAAAGUAUGUGGCUUUCUGGUUAAAUCCACGUCUUUCACCGGGAUUCGGUGUUUAGCUGGUGUCUCUCUUUAAUCUCACAUAGCCUUUAUCAGGUUAGUACACAUUCUUCUAUCAGGGCCAAAAUCCAAAUCUCGUGUGACAUACGUAUUGAAAAUUGAGUCUUGAUUUUUUUUUCCUCCAGAAUGCAAAUCUCAGGUAAUAAGGCUUUAGAACUGCUGAUGAAGCGGACUUGUUCUCAGGCCCUCCCCCAUGGUACUUCAGAAUGCAAUAAAUCAAAAUAAUGGCGCUCUGCUUAUCUGUUUCCCUCCAUACGUGUGUCGCCUGCUUCCUCAAACCCACAACGCCCACAGCUGUAGAUCCAGGCUCUUCAGGAAAGUUUGCAUAUUAAAGCCGAAGUUGGCAGUG